AUGAUGUCCUACAUCAAGCAGCCCCACUACGCCGUCAACGGGCUGAGCCUGGCCGGGCCCGGCAUGGACCUGCUGCACUCCGCCGUGGGGUACCCCGGCCCCCCCCUUGCUGUUGCCGCAGCCACGCCGCGGAAGCAGCGCCGGGAGCGCACCACCUUCACGCGGGCGCAGCUGGACAUCCUGGAGGCUCUCUUUGCCAAGACCCGCUACCCGGACAUCUUCAUGCGCGAGGAGGUGGCCCUGAAGAUCAACCUGCCCGAAUCCCGCGUCCAGGUCUGGUUCAAGAACCGCCGGGCCAAGUGCCGGCAGCAGCAGCAGCAGAGCAGCGGCCAGGCCAAAGCUCGCCCCGCCAAAAAGAAGAGCUCCCCGGCCCGGGAGGCGAGCACCGAGGCGGGGGCUGCCGGUCCCUACAGCCCCCCACCCACCGCUCCCGCCGGCACCCCCAGCUCCGCCGCCGGUGCCACCGUCUCCAUCUGGAGCCCAGCGUCCAUUUCGCCCGUCCCUGACCCGUUGGCUUCCUCGGCCGCCCCGGGUUUGCCGCGCUCGGCGCCUUUCCCCGGCACCUACAGCCAAGCCGCCGGCUACGGUCAAGGUUAUGCCGGCUCAGCUGCCUAUUUUGGGGGCCUGGACUGCAGCUCCUACCUCUCGCCCAUGCACCCGCAGCUGGGGGCCCCCGGGGCGGCCCUCAGCCCCUUGGCCACCCCCGCCAUGGGUGCCCACCUGGCCCCCUCGCCCGCAGGCUUGGCGGGGCAAGGCUACGGCACCGCCGGGCUGGGCUUCGGCCCCGUCGACUGCCUGGAUUACAAGGACCAGGCGACCUCCUGGAAGCUCAACUUCAACGCUGCCGACUGCCUGGACUACAAGGACCAGAGCUCCUGGAAGUUCCAGGUCUUGUGA